AAUAAACCCUACUGCCAGCCAAGCUCUGGGUCAUGGGUUUCUUGGGGACCUUGCUCUGGUCUGUGCUCCAUGCGCGCACUCUCCUGCUGGGCGCAAUCGCCUUCCUGUUCUUUGCUUAUGUUUUCAGAAAACAGCGCCCCAAAAACUGCCCUCCAAAGCCCUCAAGCCUGUUCAUGCUGGGAAGCUUCUUCCGCUUAGACUUUGAGAAGUCUCACUUGCAGGUCCAGCAGAUUGUGAAGAAAUAUGGAAAUAUUAUUAGCCUGCCUUUUGGUGGCAUGCACAUAGUCCUUUUGACUGGAUUACCCUUAAUCAAAGAAGCCCUUGUUCACCAGGACCAGCACUUCAUAAGCCGUCCUAUGACCCCUAUUCGUGAGCGGUCCUUUAAGAGAAAGGGAUUGGCCUUUUCCAGUGGCCAGAUAUGGAAGGAGCAAAGAAGGUUCACCCUGACAACACUAAGGAACUUUGGUUUAGGGAAGAAGGGCUUGGAGGAACGUAUUCAAGAAGAGACCUACUACCUUGUCCAGUCUAUAAGAGAAGAAAAUGGACAGCCUUUUGACCCUCACUUCAAGAUCAACAAUGCAGUUUCCAAUAUUAUUUGUUCCGUCACUUUUGGAGAGCGCUUUGAAUAUCAGGAUGAAAAAUUCCAGGAACUUCUAAGGAUGAUGGAUGAGGUCAUACAUUUGGAAACUUCUGCAUGGUGCCAGUUCUAUAAUAUACUCCCAAGGAUAUUUGAUUUACUUCCUGGGCCUCACCAAACACUCUUUAAAAACUGGGAAAAUAUGAAAUUGUUUGUUGCUGAAAUGAUUGAAAACCACAGGAGGGAUUGGAAUCCCAAUGAAACAAGAGACUUUAUUGAUGCUUAUUUCAAGGAAAUGGAAAAGCAUAAAGGAAACAUUACUUCCAGCUUCGAUGAAGAAAACCUCAUCUACACCACACUGGACCUCUUCCUCGCUGGAACUGAGACAACUUCAACGACACUGCGCUGGGCUCUGCUUUACAUGACCCUUCACCCAGACAUCCAAGAAAAAGUACAUGCCGAGAUAGACAGAGUGAUUGGACAGGUGCAGCAUCCAAGCAUGGCCCUCCGAGAGUCCAUGCCCUACACACAUGCAGUGGUCCAUGAGGUGCAAAGAAUGGGCAACAUUGUCCCAUUGAAUGUUCCCAGGGAAGUGACAGCUGAUACCAACCUGGGUGGAUACUAUUUGCAAAAGGGAACCAUGGUCUUAACCAAUCUGACUGCACUGCACAGUGACCCUGCCCAGUGGGCCACACCUGACACAUUCAAUCCAGAACAUUUUCUAGAGAAUGGACAGUUUAAGAAGAGGGAAGACUUCCUGCCUUUCUCCAUAGGAAAGCGGAAUUGCCUUGGAGAACAGUUAGCUAGGGCUGAGUUGUUCAUUUUCUUCACAACACUCUUGCAGAAGUUCACCUUCAGGCCCCCAGACAAUGAAAAGUUAACCCAAAAGUUCAGAAUGGGUAGCAUCCUUGGCCCUGUCAAAUACAGAAUCUGUGCUGUCCCUAGGGUAUAGAUGCCAGGCCAGAAGGAGCAGAAAUAGAUCCUAAGAAGAGAUAAACUUUGAACUCUGCUCAAAAGCCAUAGACAAAAUGAAAGUGGUUCUGAAGAAAUAAGGGAAGUAGACUCAGAAGAAACCUCCUCAAACCCUUGCUUUUCCAGAGACCUCACCAAUGCAGCCAUGAGCACAGCAAAUCAUUAUAGCCCAUAUAUGAUUUAUCUUUUCUCACAGAAGAUAAAAGGAGGUCAUCUGAAAA